CCAGUCGCCAGACUGCGGCCGUUAGUGAGCUCGGAUGGAUCUGUUUCUGUGUUCAAAGCGUUCAACGUAGCAACAAGGCUAUUUAUUCUGGGUUGGAAAGUAGUUUACGUGUCGGAUUUGCAAGACUAAAACGAAGUAUUGCUGUGAUUGCAAAAGUCUUUUAAAGAACGAAAAUAUGUGUGUUACAGUAACACAAGAUCAAAGUACGUGGUUUCUGUGACGAAAAAGACUUCGGGAAGGAAAUACAGCCCGGUGUUUCAUUUUUUCUUAAAAGAAGUUGACAGUUGACGCAGAUUUUUAAAUAGUGUUGCUCUGAAAGUGUUCUUGGGUUGUGAGUUAGUAGUGAAUUAACACGACAAAGAAACUAUGAAGUGCGGGAUGAUGUCAUUGGCCUUGGAAAUCACGUAUUCCCUUCAUUCCGCACCAAGCAGCUGUAACUGACUCCAAAACAUUUUCGAGUGACGACGAUGAAUGUAUCGCGUCCUGGAGAUUUCUGGUAGUUCUCGAAGAAUUUCCCAAGUACUUCUGAUUGCGCUCCAAACCCCAAUUCAAGAUGCUGCAGCAGAUCUUGCAGGACAUGUGGGUGGACCCCGAGUUGCUGGCCGAGCUCGACGAGUCUCAGAAACAAACGCUUUUCUGCCGCAUGAGAGAGGAGCAAGUCCGACGCUGGACACUGUGGGACCAGCAAGAGGCCAAUAAACAGCUCUGCACUACGAAGCCAACCAAAACAGAUGAAGGUUGUAGGAAGAAACAGGUGGGCUUCUUGAUGGGAUCUGAUGGUGAGCCAUGGGUGUGGGUGAUGGGCGAGCAUUCUGAUGACCUACGAAUCGAGGAGAUCCUCGAGCAGGAGGCCAGGGAAACGGCAAGGCGACAGGCCGAGAAGGAGGCAGAGCAGCUCAGGAAGUCCGUGGAGGCAGAACUAACAGAACUGCUGGACCUCAACCAGAAGCAGAUUGAGGCAAUGGAGGCUGCACAGCGAAAAGAAGACAAGUUAGAAGAUGAAGCGUUGCUCGACAUCUACUGCUCAGUGGAUGAACUGCGAGAAAAAGUGAACCCAUUCCCCACCACAAACAGCACCUUCGUCAGAAACAGUAUUAAUAUGUUUGAUAAGACCAACAGCAGUGCCACACCUGACAAGCGAGACGCCUUGCAAGAGAUCUCUCUCAACAAACCAAAGAAAGUAGCACAGAGGGUGGCUUUGUGGGAGAAGCGCGUCAUGGAGGAGCGGACGUCUGAAAUUUUCAAGCGCCUCCAGAAGAAGCAGAUGGAGGUGGCAAGAGAGGCAGAGGAAGCAGAACACAAACAGGAGCAGCUCUGGAGGGAACAAGAGAAGAAGGCCAAGGAGGCAGAGCUACAGAUUAGAGAGAUCGCCCGUCGAGCCAGAGAGGAGCAUCGCCGAACAUCAGUAUUGGACAUGGAAGUCGAGGUCACCAACAGUACCAGGUUCUCAAAUGACAUGAGUCUGAGCCCGGAAAGCAACAGCAGCAGCAGUAGCAGUGUUGGUCCUACUGCCCACUCAGAGUUCCAGACUGCCAAACCUCCGAGCAAAGAAGCAGUCGUCGAGUGGUUCCGAUCCAGCGAGGUCUCGCGUCGAGCUGGUAUUGAACCCAACUCAGAUCAGUUGGCUCCCUGGUUUCACGGACUCAUAACGCGACAAGAAGCGGAGUCGAUGCUGAACGACAAGCCAGUGGGAAGUUUCCUGGUCAGAAUCUCGGAGCGUAUCUGGGGUUAUGCCAUCAGUUACAGGGACACUGACAGAUGUAAACACUACCUGGUGGACGCGUCCAGCGGCCACUACCAGUUCCUUGGAGCAAAGCAGAUAACACACGACACACUUGGCGAUAUGGUGACGUAUCACGGCCAGCACCCAAUCACCACACUGGGAGGUGAGCGCCUGCAACAGCCGUGCCCACGCCUUGGUAUUCCGUCCAUUUUCCAGGGAACGCUUGGGAACCAAUGGUGAUUGUAUCAUCACCAUCGCCACUAACGUGUCACAAUGCUUGUGGGGGGGAAGGGGGAUCUGGAUCACAAGGAAAACAGUAAAACCCUGUCGCUCGGCUGCGGGGGCAUAUAUAAAGACGCUUAACGCUUUGUCGAAAGUAAGCAAGUGUAAGUGCAAAUGUAUGUAUAUUCAGGAAAUCUGGUUCAGAUAGGCCGCACACAUACUUAUAUUUACUUGGUUUCAGGACGCGCGUCAUGUGCCGAUAUCUUCGCUUAUUCGGAAAAACUAACGUGAGAUUGUACUCGCUUCGCAUUUUGUGAUUAUUAAAUAAAUACGGCGACGCAGACCAUGAAUACUUGUAAACACGGGAGCAUAGCAGAACAAACAGGAAUCUUACUAAUGAAAAUAUGUUUAUAAAAUCAUCAGCUUCAGAAAACAUGACAUUUAGUGGGCAUUAAUUGUACUUCCAGAAUGCUUAUUGCGACACUAGGAGUCAGGGUUUUACUCUACGAGUGUGAACAGGCAGGGAACCCAUAACAUACAAAACUACUCUGAUAAAAGUUUGUUUACCAAACAAAUUAUUUAACUGAUUAUGAUGCAUGUCUUUUGUUUAUUUUCUUAUAUAUCACAUGAAAUGUGUGUGUGAUCGAAGCAUGAAUGAACUUAUAAAAAAAUUAUUUUUAGAUGAUCGUAACAACAUAUAAUGUUUGUGUCUGUUGGCACCGCAGAACUCGGCGCAACAUCUCGACAGCUGUUAACGUCGUUAUCUGGAUUUUGUAUACGUAUAAAGUAUUGAAAAUCUGCAAAGUAACUGGUGCUUUACAUUGUAAUCAAAAUAUUUUAUCAUCUGCAUCAAAUCUGUAUUUUGACCAUUGUUUUACUUAUGAAAAUAGUUUUCUAGACUAAAAUAUAUAAUUUAAUGACUAUA